AUGCAGAGAGAUCCUUGGGUUGACGAAAUGCUGAAUCUUGCUGGCGUCCCUGACAAUAAUGAAGAAGAAGAAGAAGAAGAAGAAGAAGAAGAAGAAGAAGAAGAAGAAGAAGAAGAAGAAGAAGAAGAAGAAGAAGAAGACAACACUCCGCUGCCGCCAAUGGAAGAAGAGGAAGAGGAAGAGGAAGAAGCUGCUGCGGCUCCGAGCAUUGAGAAGUCACCACGAGCUACCGGAAAGCUGCCUUCGCUUCGCGCUCUGCCUCCUCGCCCUCCUCGUACGCCAGCCCGUGACUCUAGUGUGUUCUCCUUCCGAUCCGACGACGAUGAGGACGACAAUGCUGCUGCUAGAGGACAAAUGCUGCCGCCACCGCCGCUAACUCCUGGUUCUGCGAAGAAAAGCGGUCCGAAGGUUGGUAGCCAUAACAAAGGCACUACCUUUCGCCGACCUGAGAACACAAGCUCUGAGGUCUACUACGGCCUGUCCGUCCGUCCUGAAUCCUUCGACCUUAAAGCUUUAGAUCGACAGAAAGCGCUUGUACAUGUUGCUCGCAUUGAGGAGACCAGUGACGGUGAAGUGCGGCCGCGCUGUGAGCGCUGCACAGAGAGGGGAUAUCCAAUUUGUCGCCAGUAUACGGCACAGCUAAAGAAGGAUACGAAGGUCGUGCGUUGUGCUCGCUGUUUGURCGACGCAAAGCCAUGUACAUAG